AUGCAUGCAAAGGACGUGUUGCGAAACAAGGCGAAGCCUUCCCAAAAUGGGGCCACUACGCAGUCGGCGAGGUCUGCGAAGGAGCUUGGGCUUACCAUGGCGGCUCAUGGCUAUCAGAAAGCCUGGCAGGAGAGCUUAGGUUUGUUGGUUCAGGCAUCCAGAACCAGCAUCCAGCUCAACAUUAUCUUGCUCAACUCUGUGAUUUCCGCCUGCCAGCGGGCCGCGAGGUGGCAGGCAGCACUCAGUUUAGCAGUUCAUGCCUGCGAGUGGUCACUUCAAGCCGACAUCGUGUCCUACAACUCGGCAGCAACGGCUUGUGCGGCUUGUGCUAGCGAGGUUCCUGCAGUGUCCUGGCAACUGGCCUUGGCCACUUUGAUGUCUGCUGAGUGCAGCCUUCUGCAACCGGAUGCACGAAGCUUUACAGCCAUCAUGCAGGGAUGCAUUCGCCUUGGGGACUGGCCGGCAUGCCUUGAAUUCCUUCGAUCUAUGAAAAGCAGGAAUCUAGAUGUCGAUGCUUUUGCAUGUGGAGCUGCCGUCUCAGCAUGUGACAAGGCAGGGCAGUGGAAAUGGGCUUUGUAUCUCUUGCAGUAUGGGAUUAGUGCCGGGACUGGCAAGGCGGGUAAUUGGCAAGUGCCUGUCGCAACUGCAAUGACAACCUGCGGCCGUGCCAGCAAGUGGGAGUGUAGCUUGCAACUGUUGCAAGAUAUGGAGACCUCUUGCACACCGAAUGUGGUAGUGUUCAGUGCUGCCAUCAGUUCGGCAGAGCGAGGAUCAUUGUGGCAAGUGGCAUUAGACAUCAUGAUCAGGAUGGGUGCAUCGCGGAUUCUGCCAAAUGUUAUCGUUUACUCGACUUUUCUUGGUGGUCUGGAAAGAUCGGGAAAUUGGGAGAUGGUGUUUGACAUGCUUGCAGACAUGUUCCAUGCCGCUCUGGCACCGACAUCUGUCACAUUCGAUGUGCUUUUGCGGACUUGCCGGCAUGCGCUGGGGUGGCAGUAUGCUUGUCACAUUCUGUACUCAAUGAUGCCAGCCUCCAAGGUCACUCCAACCUCGAAAUCAAUCAAUGCUUGUUUGGGUGUUUUGGAAGCUGAGCUUCAGUGGCCGCUGUCCAUCCACAUGCUGAAUGCAAGUGCCAUGUGCGAUAUUGCAAGCUACAGCAUUGCUGCCAGUACCUGUGAGAAGAGCAGUGCCUGGCAUGCUGCGGUAGCGGUUUGCGCACGAGCAGAGAGCCUGCGUCUCAAACCUGACGAGGUCUCCUUGGGAGUUCUUAUUUCAGCAUGGGAGAAGGGCCGUGCCUGGCAAAUGGCCAUCUCGACCUUGAUGAUGAUUGUUGAGCAAGCGGUGGAACCUAGUGAGAUUUCAUUUGCCGCGGCGUUGCGUGCAUGCCAAUCCUGUGGAAGCUGGGAAGCGGCGUUAAGCCUUCUUCGCAUCGUGCCGAAUUCAGUUCGGAGCGAAAGUGGACUUCUCAACCCCGUCCUGGGAGCAUGUGCUUCAAGCCAUGAGUGGGAAAGGGCCCUAUCCUUGUUUUCAGCAGCAGGCGUAGCUUGCGCCCUGCAAGCUGACGUGGUGACACUCACAACGGUCAUGUCGGCUUGUGAAGCGGGCUUGAAGUGGCAAGAAGCGGUCGCCGUCCUGUUCGAGGCCGUAGGAGAGUCCCUGCUGCCAGACCCCGACCCCACCGCCUUCAACGUGGCCAUCUCCAGCUGUUCCAAAGUCCAGAACUGGCGGGCGGCUCUGGCUGUGCUCAGAUCCGAAUCGCAUUCCGAGCGCUCUUCGGGGCGUUUUCCGGAUGUAAUUUCUUACAACGCCGUCCUCGGCUCUUGCAAGCAAACGGAGAGUUGGCGACAGGCAAUCGCCUUGUUGCAUGACAUGUCACAGCGAAGCCUCGUGCCCGAUCUUACGACCUUUCACGGCGUGCUUGAAGCUUGUGCUUGUGGCCAAGCCUGGGAGCUGUCGCUUCAGGUCCUUCACCAGCUGACGGCCUUGAGACUUCCCACCGGAAUUGCCACGAACUUGGCCGCAUCCGCCUGCCAGCAAGCCACAGAGCUCAACAGAGCAGGAGUUCUGCUGCAGUCUGUCCUCGAUGCCGCCUUUGCAGGGUGUUCGGAUCCUGUCACUUUGAAGGCAGCACUGGACGUAACCGAGGCUGGCUACUCUGGAAUUCAGGUCAUGCCGUGCCUGGAAGAGUUGACUAGAUGGGCCAGGGAUCAACUUGCAUCCGUCGUCCAGCAGCAGCUGCGGCAACUCAUGAGGCAAUCUUCUUCAGAUAUGCAAGACUCAGGCCAAGCCGUGGUGGCAUCAGAAAUUCUGCAGUGGCAUGGUCAUGUUCCUGAGCAGUUUUGGGCCGAGUUUGUCCACGUUGUUGGAAAGCCAGCCGAACGCCAGUUGAGGUUGUUGUGUAACCCAGAGCUGCAGCGAGACGGGAACCAGGCUAGAUUGCACGCUCCCACCCUUGAGCGGCAAUUUGGCUUGAGCCCGCUCUUUUCCCAAGAAGUUUUGCAUUGCCUCGGCAUGCGUGACCCGGAAUCAAUUGAGACAUGGCUCGGGUAUCCACGGGCCAUCGCAAGGAGAUGCUCGCAACACGUGUCGACAGCAGCUGAUCCAACAUCAAAGCACUUGGCUGCAUGGGCUUCGUGGACGUUUUUUCAUGAAUUUCCGAUAGCAUGCCGUUCUCGUUGUCACGGACAUGCGGUCUCGGACGAGGCGGCGCAGAUGCUACGCCCUGUCCAGGUUCAACAUGAUCGCAGACCUCACUCAGAACGACAGCUGCUGGAAGCUUUAGCAGUAACUUUACGACAUCGUUGCUUCAAAAGACCGUGUUGGAUCGAGGCCGGCGAUACAAGUGACCUCAGCUUGUCCAACAAGGUGGUUUUCCGUGGCGUCCCUGACAACUGCAGUGCUGAGGACAUCUCAAAUCUUUUGCAAAAAUAUGGGCCGCUCGAGUGCAUCUGCUACGAGAAAGGAGCUGGCAGCGGCAUUGCAGAAUACCUCUUCUGCGGUUCUGCUGAACGUGUAGAAAAGGAGUCCAACAGGCCGGACUCUCCACUUCAGUUGGCAGGCAACCGUGUCCAUGUUCUGCGGGGCGCUCCGCGGUGGCCAGGAAGUACAGACACAGGUGCUUUUCAACAAGUUCUCGUGACACCUACGCCGAAGACAGAGUCCCUGGACGUGGUCGUCUUCCGAGGACAAAGCUCGGCCUCGGGCAUUGGCCUAGUGGCAGAGAUGGCAAAGACGAAGACGACUUCAUUGGUUAUUUGGGAUCGGCAUCACAGGCCCAGAGAAGAGCCCAAGGUGUCCACUCUGCAGAAGAAAAUAUACACGGAGGUAUUUGCAGAGCAGGAGCCAGACAAGGAUGUCAUGAAGAGAGCAGGCGACUUCUUCUCAACUGGUGCUCCAAAGUGCGCACUCGUGCACCUUGCCGAGGAGAAGUACAAGGUGGAGGCAGCAGUGGAGCGGCCUUUGUCGCAGGUGAACGACCUUAUGGAUGCCUGCCGACACAACCAUUUGGAGACCAUAGCUGGCUUCAAUGCCUUCAAAGUCUACAAGCCAUGGCUUCAUGCGAACCGAGCGUGUACUUUCGUCCUCAUUCCGCCCAAGCUGUGCCACGAGUGGGAUGAUGACAUCGCGACGUGCACAGUGGGGUCCAGGAGGAUAGUUCGUGCUGACCCGGUGCGGCUGCCAGACGGAUCUGGCUGGACUAUGGGACUUCAGAUGGUCCACUCUUCUGCCAGCGUCAAUGCUGUUCUGGCCUCCACGACCAUCCACGACUUGGUGACAGCAGACGAUGCGACAAAGAAUCUUCUAGCGGGCCGAUGCAUAGAGUUGACAAU